CCUUAACAGUCUCACUUCCUAAGCACAUUUAUGUCCUUGUUUACAACCUUAGGAAAACUCCAACAAAAAAAUAUUGCACCAUCAUCCUAGCAAGUCUCUCAACAAAACAAAAACAUGAAUGCAACAACACUAGAAAAGCAAAAGAAAGGCAACUUAUAUGUCUACAAGUUCGCCACCGGAAGCCGGACGCCGGAAUAUCAACCUCCGACCACAUCGGUCACGAAGCGAAUCAUUUCUUCCACCGUAUGGGGUCUUAGGAAAUCGAAACCAAAACCGAAACCAAACAAUAGUGCGGAAAAGGAAAUGGAAAAGGAAAAGGGAAUAUUGGAAAAGGAAAGGGAAAGGGAAAGGAAAUCAGUGUCAAGUGUAGAAGGUAAAUUAAUGAGUUUGGCAAAGAGUAAUGGGAACAAGGUAAAUACUAGUAUAGGGGAAAGGAAAUCAGUUUGUAAUAGUGAGGUAGAGGGAAAGGGAAAGGAAUUCCCAUUCCUUAAAGAGUUGCAAGGGAAAGGGAAAGGAGAAGGGGGGAGGAAAUCAGUUUCCCAUGUAGAAAAGAAUGUGGCUUAUGUGGGGAAUUUUGUGGAAAAGGAAAGGAAAUCAGUAGGGGCAAAAUUGGAAAAUGAUGUAGUUUCCGCCAUAGAAUUGUUACAAGUGAAGGUUUUGGUUACAGAUAUGCCUGCAUUUAUGCAAAUUCAAGCUUUUCAAUGUGCAAGGAAUACUUUUGAUACUUUGGAGAAAUUCAGUUCCAAACAUAUUGCUUUCAACUUGAAGAAGGAGUUUGAUAAGGUAUAUGGACCUGCUUGGCAUUGUAUCGUGGGCUCAAGUUUUGGGUCAUUUGUUACCCAUGCAACUGGCUGCUUCCUCUACUUUUCAAUGGAGAAAUUGUGCAUUUUGCUGUUUAGAACCAAAGUCCAGAGAGCUUUGCAGAAGUAGCUCAAUUGAGAUUUUUUAUUUUUCUUGAUAUAGGCCUUUUGACAUAUACUUUUCCUUUUCCUUUUUUCUUUUGAUCACUUCAAAUCUGUAAAUGAUUACAAAUUAAUGCAAAGUUCGUGCACAUUAUAUAGAUUUCAUAUGAUAUAAAAGGUGUGAUCUUUAUGUAA